AUGGCAUCGGCCGACUCUCUCUCGCCGCCGGGGUCGAGUACAUACUCGUCGGACAUUCUACACGUCGGCGACGGCACUUGGGAUAAUGAACGCAACACAUUCCUGCUGCCCAAUCUCAUGGGCGUCAACUUUGAGAUGAUGCGUUACAAUGGCAUGGGCAACCGGUUCAAGGACUGGCCGCAAUACCACCGAAUCAUUCUGGGUCACGGUAUCCUUGCCGCCAUUACAUUCCUCUUCCUCGUGCCCAUUUCUGUGCUGAUCGCCCGAUUCUACACUGCCCGACCGGGCAUGGCCCUGGUCUACCAUUCCUACCUGCAGAUCUUUGCAGUCGGCCUGUCCACUGUCGUCUUCAUUCUCGGUUUCGUGGCUGUUGGUCCGCCCCGUAACCUGUCGAACCCGCACCAUGGUAUCGGCGUCGCCCUCUACAUCAUGCUUCUGGUCCAGGCCUUCGGUGGCCCGCUAAUCAAAAAGCUGGCUGGUCGCCGCUCGUUUCGUUUGCACAUCCAUCGUUGGCUUGGUCGCGCCACUGCCCUGCUUGGCAUUGUCCAGGUGCCUCUCGGUCUGACUUUGUACGGCUCCCCAAAGGUCCUGUUUAUCCUGUACGCGGUCUGGAUGGGACUCUUGCUCAUCCUGUACUUCAUCCUCGACUUCGUUGAUCCGGGUUGCCGAGGCUUGGCUAGAGAAGGCACCUCGACUGUUGCUGGCCCCACGAGCAGCAGGAUCACGGGUAGCCGUGUGGAAUCCGACGCUAAGUCUGGAGGGCGUAUGAAACGGCUGGGUGGUCUUGCUCUUAGUGCAGGCGCGAUGGCGAUGAUGCGUGGUCGUAACAAGGAGAGGGAUGUCGAGAAGGCUCUGAGCCGCAGUCCUACCCCUUCUGGCCGCACUCGUGAGCCAACUGUCAUCUCAUCCCGGCCCGAUAGCUACUACUAUAACGAGAAACCAUCCGAAAGGCGACGUCCCAGCGAGAGCGGUGGCGGCAAAGGUGGCCUCAUGGGUAAGCUCCUUGCGGCCGGUGCCGCCGGUGCGAUUUUGUCCAAGUUUAUGGGCGGCAAGGACCGUCGCUAUCGUGAUGAUUAUUCGGCCGUGACGACCGAUGUACCGAGUCGAUCGCGCAGAUAUGGGGCGAGAAGCGAGGUCACCGCCACUGAGGUCACAGGGUACACUGGAUACACUGGCUAUACCGGUUACUCGGGCUACACGACGACCGACGUGACCGACGACACCCGCAGGUACGAUAGCCACUUGGGUAGGCGGUCAUCAGUUACCGCAUCCACUCGGCCGCCCGUCACGAGGGGUAGACGGGCUACAACCCCUCCCCCUCGCCGCUCGUAUACCGAAGGAACAUCAACCCGUCUCGAAAGCACCAUCCAGUCGGAUUACUCGUCGUAUUAUAGCCCUCCCCCACGGAGAGCGCCGCCCCCUGAGCGUCGAAAGAGCAUCAGUGCUGCUGGAGGUAGCGUUUCAGGUCCCAGUGGCGGCGGUGCAGGUAAAGGUUUUCUAGCCAGCAUUGGCCUGGGCUUUCUAGCGAAACUUGGUAUGGGUGGCAAAGACAAAGACCAGCGAGACGAGCGUGAGAGAGAACGGCUCCGUGAUGACGAAGAAAAGCGCAGGGAGGAAGAAGAGGAACGCCGUACCAGCCGCCGCAUGUCCAGGUACAACAGCGACGACGACUACCCCAGCCCGUCACGCCGUGACUCUCAUCACCAUCCUUCCCGUCUGAGUCGUCGUCGCUCUGCGCCUUCGACCAUCUUAGCCGCGUCCGAUGAUGUCCCAACGAUUGAACCGCGCGGUAGGGCCCCAUAUGACCCAGCGCCCCCAAGCAAUCACCCCGCUCGUACCAACACAAUUGCCCCAGCUCCUCCCCCGAUCCCUCCGGCUGGCACCAUGCCUGGCUCAUCACAACCCUUCCGCCACGACGUCACUGACCCAAUCUCCAUGCCGCCCAUGCCCCCCGACCCACACGGCAUCCUGCACCGUUCCAGCGACCCGACCAUUUCAGGCGACAGCCGCGAGCGCGAGCGCGAACGCCAUCACUCACCCAGCGACCAUCACCGCCGACGCAGUACCCGUGACGGAGCAGAGUCAUCAACACCUACCGAUAGGCCGCCUGUCCAGGGAACGGGGACUCCGCCGACGAAUCCGCCUGUUAGUGUGCGCGUGCAGGUUCGCGAUGAUCCCGAAAGGAAUAUCACACUGCGGAGGUUGACGGAGGAAGAAGCAAGGCGCGAGCAGGAGCAGCGGAAUCGGAGGAGGGGGACGAGUGCCCCGGGAGCUGGCGCUGGUGGAGCCGGAAGAAGGGACUCAAUGAGUAGCGUGUCGGAUGGGGAGACGCCAAGUAGUAGGCAUUAUAGACGGGACUCGUCGUCGGCGAACACGGUGAGGAAAGUUGAGGGAGUUACUGAGGCUGUGGCGGAGGAUAGAUUGGGUGAUUUGGAGCUGCCUAACCCGGGUUAUGCGAGAAAAGCUGGAGGGUCUGGAGGGAAUAAGGACUCGGCUUAUUACUCGGGAGGAGCUCAAGGGGGUCCGUCACAGGUGCCUUUGACGACUGCCGGGCCACCUGGCGCGAUGCCUGCUGCUGCAGCGACUGUGAGCAGCUUAACGACUGGAAAUAGCAUGGCUCCGCCUGGGUCAGCUGCACACAACCUCGUGAGUCCCGGAGGCAGCUAUACCACGUUCACGAGCCAGCCCAUGACGGAUGCGACCGCUGCAGCAGAUAGGAGAAGACGGAGGAGACUUGAAAGGAGAGAAGGUAGUCGGGCGGGAACGACAACCACAACUACUGAUUAUAAUUGA